UGCGCGCAGGCCCCGCCCCCGGCCCCUCCUCUUCCCGCUUUUGUUGGCCCCGCGUGGAGGCGAGAGGCGGCUGCAGCUGCGGCGAGAAGAUGAACGGGGACCAGCUCGGAGGCUUGAGCCAGAGUGAAACAACUUGUAAAAAACGGGACGACUAUUUGGAAUGGCCCGAGUACUUCAUGGCUGUGGCCUUUUUAUCGGCCCAGAGGAGCAAAGAUCCAAAUUCCCAGGUUGGGGCUUGCAUCGUCAAUGCAGAAAACAAAAUUGUUGGAAUUGGAUAUAAUGGGAUGCCCAAUGGGUGCAGUGAUGACUUGCUUCCCUGGAGGAGGACGGCGGAGAGUAAACUGGACACGAAGUACCCCUACGUGUGCCAUGCUGAACUGAAUGCCAUUAUGAACAAAAACUCAGCGGAUGUGAAGGGUUGCACCAUGUAUGUUGCCUUAUUCCCAUGUAAUGAAUGUGCUAAACUCAUCAUCCAGGCAGGUAUAAAAGAAGUCAUUUUUAUGUCUGAUAAAUAUCACGAUAGUGAUGAAAACACAGCUGCGAGGCUCAUGUUCGACUUGGCUGGGAUUAAAUUCAGGAAAUUCACACCCAAGUACAGCAAGAUUGUCAUUGACUUUGAUUCAAUUAACAGCAGACCGAGUCAAAAGCCUUAGUGAGUUACAUCUCAUUAAAACUCUAGAAGAUUGGGAUUAUCUUCUUCUAAGAAGCUGCUAAUGCCUUUCAUCUUGAAGUUACCCAUAACUUUUUAAUAGCCAGUACGGCAAAAGUAGACAUCUAAAGAAUAUAAAGAAAGCCUCAAAUCUUCCUUACUGUCUCUCUGGUCACAUGGAAUCUACAUCUAUUUAAACUAUUGAUUUGUGAUUUGAAAUGGAGAAACAUAUAUAGCAUGGACAAGGUUGGGGUAGGGGUGUUUUUCUUUUCUUCCUUCCCUAGAAGAAACACAAGGUAGUGAAAUUAGGUUUGGAGUAGAACAACCUGGGUUCAAAUCCUGACUCCCAUUUACCAGCUAAUGGAAAUGGGGCAAAUGACUUAAUUUGUUGGCCUGUAUUUUCUCAUCUAUAAAAAUAACAGGUGGGCGUGCUUGAUUUGUGGCUUUAUGAUACCCUGGUACCUAUCAUUGGGGCUGGUUGGGAUUAUUUAGGCACCCUCUUCUCCAUCUUACUGCUUCGGUUUAGCAGUGGUCCUUUACUAAUGGAUAGUGUGCUUAUUUGUGCUAGAAGAGCAGAUAAAUAAUUGUUGUUGUCUUCUUAGCGGGGAUGAGCAGACAUACUGGGUUGAACAUCUGGUCCCAAUGAAGUAGAACAUGGAAGUGCCCUUGUUAAAAACGGAGCCUCAAAUUACAGGAGUUUCAGAAUAGUUCUGGGAGAAGGUCACCAAAAUAGAUGGUGGUAACAUACUUAGGAUUGCUGGCUUGUCCUGAGAUACUGACAGAGGGGCACUGCACCAUCUCAGUAAAUAGGGAUGGAGGGCCUACUUGAGUGACCCGGGCAGUUGUCAUUUACUUUAGUCACAAGAUCUGAGCAGAAACAGCUAUUUUGGUGUGUGAAUCAUUUUACAUCUUCUUGUCAGAUACUUCAUUUAAUUCAAUUUGUUCUCCAGAGUUCCAUAUACUGUCAAUUAUAUGGAAUAACCUGUUUCCCACCCUCAAAACACUAUUACUUGUAUGUUAAAGGUCAAGGACUCGAAGGUUUUCAUGUUUCAUGGGACUUCAGAUAUUACUUAGACCCCCUUUCAUUCAACAGAUGAGGCAACAAGAAGGGAAAUGAUUCACCAAAGUUCACCCAGGGAAUAAGUAUUGGCGUUGGUAUUCCAACUGAGAACUCCAAUCCAUUGUUCUUUCUCCUUCUCCUUCUUGUCUGCUGGAAACUAUGUCUCCACAUCAAGGCUGGGUCCUGUCUGUCUUCUCAAAAACCAGCUUUGUUCAGCACCUGGACUACUCUAACAUGAGAUGAAAUUUACAAUAAAAGCACUGAGCCCACUUGGAGGCAGCCUGUUCUAGCUAGAGUGGUGACUUGGGUGUAUUUAAUCAAACUGGCUCAUUGCCUUUGUCUUCAAAAAUAUUGCUUAACCAAACAGCCUCACUAAUCAGCACAAGGCUUGGAAAUGCAUGUCAGUGCACCUUGUCUUUUAUCUAAUUUAAUUUUUUAUUAGCUAUGUUUAAUAUCUUUGUUUAGAAAUGACUCUCUUCUCCUGGAGAGCAUUAUUUGCUCUCUCUCUUUUUUUAAAAAAAAUUUAAA